CUACUAUUUGAAAGUGCUAAAAUGCUGCUAUUCUGAGAUAAUUAACAUUUCACAUCAUGCCAUGUUAUCAGGUACAAUAUGAAAUGAAAAUUGAUCAAAUGCUAGCAAGCUAACAGCCAUUAAGCUAACAUAAUAACAAAGAACCAGACACAUGAAUACAAUACAUUUAAUCAAUUUUUUUAGUAUUGCUGUUGCUUUUCUACUUUGGGCUGAAUCCAUUAAGGCCGUCAUAUAAAUCAAUUUCACGCUUUUCCCCUUUAUCACGGCAAUCGUAUUUUUGCGCUUUUCCAAUAACAUCCGUUCUUUUUGGUGCCGCACGUUAGCUGUCUUAUCUCAGCUUGCAAGUUUUUGUUGUUAUGUUGCAUUGAUAUUCAUUCCCGGCAAGGCCGUCGUGUCACAAGCGCUUUGUCACGUAUGAGGCGCCCAUCGACAGCUCGUCCCCUGUGAAUUCAAUUAUCGGCGGCCCGCUUCCCUCUGCUAAUCGAAUAACAAGCUGCGUCAGCACAUUUCGACUCCACGACAAAAGCCGAGUCAAAAUGUCACGCGGGCACCCCGGGGAGGUUUUGCGGAAUGAGCGCCAGGUUCGAGGAAGCUAGCGAGUGUCCCUCUGCGCCCGCGGCGGGGGGGUUGGACGAGUAUCAAAAAACAAAAAAAAACGGUGCCGAUGAUUAAAUACACAAAUGGAGUGGGGAUGCCGCUCAAAGGAUUUAAAGAGCUGGAGAUUUCCCUUGCCCCGGGUUCAAGUCAAUCCAGGCCUGCGAGCGGCUAAACGUGGCGAGGCUUUUGCCGAGAGACUCCAGUGAAGAGUGCACUUAAAGCUUGUUUGGGUUUCAAGUCUCAGGCGAGUUCAAAAGUCGGAUGAGUUCCGCCAUCUUUUGCGCUCCGCCAGAAAUGAAAACUGGCGGCGCUCGUCGACCAUCGCGCCGGCAUCCUCUUAUAGAAAAAGUAAAUCAACACGCCAGCUUGUCCAAAUGUCAGACAGAUAAGACAAACAUGCAUCCGUUGUGUCGGGAACGGAUCAUUACAGCCCUCCAAUUGAUCCCCCCCGCCGCAAAUAAAAGAACAACAACACUGCGGUCUCCACUCCAACCCGCUUAGACGGGUAGGCUUUAGCCUUUUGGUCUGGAGAGAGAGUGCAAAUGUCAAACAUCUUGUGUAUUGUUAGCUACUUUUGUGCUGUAUGCUUGUAAGCGGGGGGCCGGGGGGGGGCAGACACGUUCAGGGCCUGCUCAUCGAAAGAAAGCGAGCCGGCGGUAGGCCACUAAGCGCUUUAAUCUCUCUCGCCUCGAGACGGCGAACCGUCUUGUAGUCGACCUUGGCACGAACGCAUAGGUCGCCGAGGGGUAGACAGGGGGGGGCUCGUUUGCAUUUCCCACAGAUGCGUCAGAGAGUGAAACACGACGGGCAAUUAGUACGAAGGGAUAAGGAGGCGAGUGAACUCUCCUCUUCCGGGCCAAUCCGACUCGGAGAGCGGCCCCUGUCGGAGGACGUACUGCGGUCGCGGACGGCAAUGCGUGCUGAUGGCGACGACGGGACGCGCAGAAUGCGUGUGUCAGGAGAAAUGCCGCGCCUCCUUCGUGCCGGUGUGCGGCUCGGACGGACGCUUCUACGAGAACCACUGCGAGGUUUACCGAACGGCCUGCGUGGAGAGGAGGCGCAUCUACGCGGUGCACAGCAAGGACUGCUUCUUCAAAGGUAACGCGUGUACCAUGUCGGAGUACAACCGUCUGAAAAGCUUGCUGCUGGACAUGAAGACCGUCCCGAGAAACCCCGAAACGGAACGGAACCAGCAAAGGGACAUGGAGGCCAGGCGGGCGCUGGUGGACACCAUGUUCAAGUACUUGGACGUCAACCAGGACGGACGACUGGUUGGCGAGGAACUGGAGAAGAUCUCCAUGAAAGAGCACCUGGACGACAUUUUGCUGCACUGCACCAUGCAGGACCUGCUGCGCUACGACGACUACAACAACGACGGACACCUCAGCCUGCACGAGUUCUACACCGCCUUCCAGGUGGUCCAGCUAAGCCUGCCAGAGGACCAACGGGUCAGCGUCUCUGCCGUGACGGUGGGCCUGAGCGCCGUGCUCACCUGCGCUAUCCAGGGGACCCUGCGGCCGCCCAUCAUCUGGAAGAGGAACGGCGUGGUUCUCAACUUCCUGGACCUGGAGGACAUCAAUGACUUUGGGGAUGACGGCUCGCUGUACAUCACCAAGGUGACGACCAUUCACAUGGGGAACUACAGUUGCCAUGCCUACGGAUACGAGGACAUCCAACAGACGCACGUGCUGCAGGUCAACGUCCCGCCGGUGAUCCUGGUGUACCCGGAGACGCAAGCCCAGGAGCCCGGCGUGUCGGCCAGCCUGCACUGCCGCGCCGACGGCGUCCCCGAUCCCAAGCUGGUGUGGCUGAAGAACGGCGUGGAGCUGCAGCCGCGCUCUGCCAAGCAGCUUGCUCUCAAAGCUAACGCCAGCGAGCUGUUCAUCGGCAGCGUCCGCUACGAGGACACGGGCGCCUACACCUGCAUCGCCAAAAACGAGGUGGGCGUGGACGAGGACAUCUCCUCGCUGUUUGUGGAAGAUUCGGCCAAGAAGACGCUUGCAAACAUUCUGUGGCGAGAGGAAGGUCUGAGCGUGGGCAACAUGUUCUACGUGUUUUCCGACGAGGGCAUCACGUUGCUGCAGCCCGGCCAGUGCGAGAUUCGCCGGCAGAUCAAGCGCACGGAGAGGAUCGUCGCUACAUACGAAGAGAUGUGCCCCAAAAGCGAGGGGCCGUCCCCCCAGCGCUGCGUGUGGUCGUCGGCGGUCAACGUGCGAGACAAGUACGUCUACGUGAGCCAGCCCCUCCAGAGCCGCCUGCUGGUGGUGGACAUCCAAGCGCAGCGGGUGGUGCAGGCCGUCGCGACAGAUCCGUUUCCCGUGAAGAUGCACUAUGACAAGUCACACGACCAAGUGUGGGUGCUAACGUGGGGCGACAUGGACCGGACACAACCAACCCUCCAGGUAAUUCCUCAAGCCAGCAUGGGUGAAGUCCAUCACGCCAUCCGAACCUCCUUCCAGCGGGUCAGCGACUUCUUCAUCCCGCCGACCAACCUCAUCAUCACUCACGUGAGGUUCGCCUUCGUCUUCCUCCAAGAUGAGCCGGCGGUGCACAAGGUGGACCUGGAGACCUUCCGACGCGUCAAGACCAUCAGCCUGAAGGACUACAGCUGCGUGCCGGCCAGCAUGGCCUACACGCAUCUAAGCGGCGUCUACUUUGUCCAGUGCAGAGGCGGAAAAGCCCAGCUUUUGGUGGACGCCGUGACGGACGCGGUGGUGGGACAAAACCGUGACCUCACAGGCCGGGCUUUCGUGUCACCGGACGGCCGCUACAUCGUGACGCCCGGCAAUGGGGCCGGCGGAGGCGCUGUCCGGUUGACGGUGCAAACCGUCUCCUUCCAGGGGGAGAUGCGCCUCCAACAGGAACCAGAGGACCCCGUCGCCGCCUCAGACCUGGUCUACCAGCCCUCCUUCACCGCGUCCAACAGAUACGUGGCGGUGGCCGCCUCGGACUCUACCGCGGACCUGCUCUUCGCCGACCUGUCCUCGGGACACACCGAGGUUCUCCGAGGCCUCAAGGAGCCGCUGGGCCCUCGGAGCUGGCCCUGGGGGGCGCCCUACCGGGUGGUGGUCUCCAGCGGCCCGUUUGGACAGUACCUGUUGACACCGUCAGCCGUGUCCCUCUUCAUUUUGAACGGCAAACAGAGAACGCCGCACUGUGAGGUGUCGGACAUUACGAGGGGCAACACGGUGGUCUGGGUCGGCGAGGUAUGAGUUAUAAAAAACAAAACAAACAAAAAAAAAACAGUAGGACUUCAUUAAAAAGAAGAUGCUCGGUAUUUAAUUACAGAGCGAGGAGGAUUAAAUGUGUUGGGAUUUAAUGUGUUUAAAUAAGUAAUUUGGGUGAUAGUCCCGCUGGGAGAAAGUGUCAAUGGUGUUGAGUGUGACACAUUUGUACGAUUGCACUUCCCUUCCGUGUUAUCACAGCAAGUUAGGUACCCGACCGGGCGGGGUGGGGGCUUACCACACGACGAACUAUGCACAAUGCUCACUUUUUUAGAGUAAAAAAAGCUUUCCGAUUGUUCUUGUGUGUGUGUUGAUUGUCUUCACCAGUGCUAACCACAACCGUCCGUCCGUCUGUCAAUGUCUGCAUUUUGUGUCCCGUGAGUCUUUUUAGACGCUGUAUUAUCUUCCCACAUCACCAGUUUGAGUGUUUUGGGAAACGACGUAGCGACUCUUGCGUUCACAUUGGAAUUGCGGAAUUUUUAAAUUCCACUUAAGGCUGCGAGCAUUUGUUUCCCCUUUAGCUAGGAGAUCUAGUUAGCAAAGUAGCAAGUCCAUGUAUUUUUUCGCAUCGAUUGACAAACAAACUGACUUAGCCAAAGUAAAACACUUGAUGGAGCAGUGAAAUCUGUCUUUUAAACAUCUGUGUGGGUUGGAAAAGUACAAAAUUAGCUGUCUUGGGGGGCAGCGCUUAGCGUCGCCAGUUUCGAAGCUGAACUCUUGAACCGCAAAUGAGCUUGGAUUGACUCAAAGUCUGGACAAGAAAGAGAAAUCUCUUUUUUUUACAAAUGCUCACAGCCUGCUGUUUAUUUUUUCCUUCACUUUAGUGACUUCUCAGUAUGCUAUCGUACAAAAUGUUUUCACAAUAAUGAGCUACAAAUUCUCAGCAACAUGGCCUGAGAUAGCAUAUCUACUGUAGCUAUUUAUUUACAAAUUCCACUUUGCGUACCAAGUAGAAACGGCCGCGGAACGUGCAUGCCAUCGAAACCCGUUGUCCCCGUCCGCCAUAUACCUCUCAGUGACCUUCAUAGUCGUUUAAGAGUUAAUUGUGUUAAAAAAAUAAACAGAAAAAGUCACAUUUGUUCAUUUUCAAUCUCGUACGCAUCGCCACCGAGCUAGCUAGCCCAAUCGUCUCAAAUGUCAGAACGUGCAAGGUUCGAUUUGUGGGUCGUACCUCCCCGCAGCUGUUGUAGAUAACGUGUUUAGGACACAUGACGAAAGUAACUGUACAGGUUUUUUCUGUAUGCAUUUUGUGUGUUCUCUGGUUGACCAGGGCAAUUGUUCUUUUUUUGUAAGAAAAGUCAAAUAAAACACGUAUAAAAAAAAAGUA